CCCCAGGCGUCUGCGCACCAGGACCUCCGCGGGGCGGGGCGGGGCUAAAUGGAGAGCCCGCCCAUUGGCGGCCCCACGCCGCCGGAAGCGGAAACAGCACCCGGCGCCUCAGAAGGACGCGUAACUGCCGCCGCGAUGCCGAAGGGUCCCAAGCAGCAGCCGCCCGAGCCCGAGUGGAUCGGGGACGGGGAAGGCACGAGCCCCGCGGACAAAGUAGUGAAGAAAGGCAAAAAGGACAAGAAGACCAAAAAGACGUUCUUUGAGGAGCUGGCAGUAGAAGACAAACAAGCUGGGGAAGAGGAAAAAUUGCAGAAGGAGAAGGAGCAGCAACAGCAGCAACAGAAGAAAAAGCGAGACACCAAGAAAGGCCGUCGGAAGAAGGAUGUGGACGAUGAUAAUGAUGAGAGAGUGCUCAUGGAGCGUCUUAAGCAGCUGUCUGUGCCAGCCAGUGAUGAGGAAGAUGAGGUACCUGCGCCCAUACCCAGAGGACGGAAGAAGGCCAAGGGUGGAAAUGUUUUUGAAGCCCUGAUUCAGGAUGAGAGUGAGGAGGAAGAGGAGGAGGAGGAGAAGCUUGUUCUCAAGCCCGCCAAGCCAGAGAAGAAUCGAAUCAAUAAAGCUGUGGCCGAGGAGCCUCCUGGGCUCAGGAGUAAAAAGGGAAAAGAGGAAAAGUCAAAGGGGAAAGCCAAGAGUAAACCUGCUGCUGCAGACACUGAAGGGGAAGACGAGGAGGACAUGGCUAAAGAAAAGGAGCCCCCCCGACAAGGGAAGGACAAAGACAAAAAGGAGGCUGAGCAGGGUUCAGAGGAAGAGAAAGAACAAGAGUUGAAGGCAAAUGAUCCCUAUGCCAACCUUAGCAAAAAGGAAAAGAAAAAGCUAAAGAAACAGAUGGAUUAUGAACGCCAGGUGGAGUCAUUAAAAGCAGCUAAUGCUGCAGAAAACGACUUCUCUGUGUCCCAGGCAGAGGUGUCUUCCCGCCAGGCGAUGUUAGAAAAUGCAUCUGACAUCAAGUUAGAAAAGUUCAGCAUCUCCGCCCAUGGCAAGGAGCUGUUCGUCAACGCUGACCUGUACAUUGUGGCCGGCCGCCGCUAUGGGCUGGUGGGACCCAACGGCAAAGGCAAAACCACUCUUCUGAAGCACAUUGCCAACCGUGCCCUGAGCAUCCCCCCUAACAUUGACGUGCUGCUGUGCGAGCAGGAGGUGGUAGCCGAUGAAACACCAGCCGUGCAAGCUGUUCUCCGAGCAGACACCAAGCGACUGAGGUUGCUAGAGGAGGAGAAACGGCUUCAGGGACAGCUGGAGCAGGGGGAUGACACUGCCGCUGAAAAACUAGAAAAGGUAUAUGAGGAACUUCGAGCUACUGGGGCAGCAGCUGCAGAGGCCAAGGCACGGCGGAUCCUGGCUGGCUUGGGCUUCGACCCUGAGAUGCAGAAUCGGCCCACACAGAAGUUCUCUGGGGGUUGGCGAAUGCGUGUCUCCCUGGCCAGAGCGCUGUUCAUGGAACCAACGCUGCUGAUGCUGGAUGAACCCACUAACCACCUGGACCUCAACGCCGUCAUCUGGCUCAAUAACUACCUUCAGGGCUGGAGGAAGACGUUGCUCAUCGUCUCCCACGACCAGGGCUUUCUGGAUGAUGUUUGCACUGAUAUCAUCCACCUAGACACCCAGCGGCUCCAUUACUACAGGGGCAAUUACAUGACCUUUAAGAAGAUGUACCAGCAGAAGCAGAAAGAACUGCUAAAGCAGUACGAAAAACAGGAGAAGAAGCUGAAGGAGCUGAAGGCCGGGGGCAAGUCCACUAAGCAAGCGGAAAAGCAAACAAAGGAAGUCCUGACUCGAAAACAGCAGAAGUGCCGACGGAAAAACCAGGAUGAAGAGUCUCAGGAUCCCCCUGAGCUCCUAAAGCGCCCCAAGGAGUACACAGUGCGCUUCACCUUCCCAGACCCCCCACCUCUCAGCCCACCUGUGCUGGGUCUGCAUGGUGUGACGUUUGGCUACGAGGGACAGAAGCCACUCUUUAAGAACCUGGAUUUUGGCAUCGACAUGGACUCCCGAAUUUGCAUCGUGGGUCCCAAUGGUGUGGGCAAGAGCACGCUACUCCUGCUGCUGACUGGCAAGCUGACCCCGACCAACGGGGAAAUGAGGAAGAACCAUCGUCUGAAAAUCGGCUUCUUUAACCAGCAGUAUGCAGAGCAGCUGCACAUGGAGGAGACACCCACUGAGUACCUGCAGCGGAGCUUCAAUCUGCCCUACCAGGAUGCCCGGAAGUGCUUGGGCCGCUUUGGCCUGGAGAGCCACGCCCAUACCAUCCAGAUCUGCAAACUCUCUGGUGGGCAGAAGGCCCGAGUUGUGUUUGCAGAGCUGGCUUGUCGGGAGCCUGAUGUCCUCAUCUUGGAUGAACCAACCAAUAACUUGGACAUAGAGUCCAUCGAUGCCCUGGGGGAGGCCAUCAACGAGUAUAAGGGGGCUGUGAUCGUUGUCAGCCAUGAUGCACGCCUCAUCACAGAAACCAACUGCCAGCUGUGGGUGGUGGAGGAGCAGGGUGUCAGUCAAAUCGAUGGUGACUUCGAUGACUACAAGCGAGAGGUGUUGGAGGCCCUGGGUGAAGUCAUGGUCAACCGACCUCGGGAUUGAGCUCCCCUCCUAGAAGCCUGCUGCAACGAGCUCCUAUGGUUGGAAUCUAGGCCAUCUCCCUUCAUUCACCUAGAAGCCUGCUGUGUCUGCUGGCAGCUGCAGCCACAUGGGCCAUGAAGGUGGCGUGUUGCCUUGAUGUGUGUGAGAGAAAGCAUCCAUCCGUGUGGAUUGUGUCCUUCUCACUGAAGGACUGUGUUCCCCUUGAGAUGACUGAGCUGGCUUGCCCACACUGGCUUAGUCUCUGUUCAGACAGCAGUGACCUUUGCUGGGGUGGGUUCCCCUCAGGCCUAGUUAAGGUGGCCUCCUGUCUCAAGACUUUUGCCACUCUGAACUGACCCUGGUCCCUCCUUUUGGAAGGAACUACUGACUCACUGACACAAACAGCCAGAACCUCAGGACUGGAGGCAAGUGUCUCACGGAAGAUCUGGUGCCUGUGAUCCCUGGUCUUGAGGAGACUUGAGGGCAGGAGAGGAAAGCUCCUAAACUGGAGUUUCCUUUGCAAGGGAGGAAUAAAGGAGUGGGGUGCUGACAA